UUUAGUUAUGUUAUGUCAAUCAAAUAAGACAGUAACAUUUUUCCAUUUUAAGAAGCUAAUAAAAUAAAUGUUAAUUGUUUAGAUUGACAAUUAUCAAGUUGAUUAAAACUAGAAUAUGGAUUAAAACUCACCAACUAUAUUUACAAUGAUUGUACAGGAACCAGUUCAGGCUGCCAUUUGGCAUUGUUUAAAUCAUCAUGAUUAUACAGACGCUAUAUUUUUAUCGGAACGUUUAUAUGCUGAAGUGAAUACUGAAGAAAGUUUAUUUUUGUUGGCAACAUCAUACUAUAGGAAUGGACAAAACGAUCAUGCUUAUUAUAUACUUAAAGACAGAAUAGGAAAUUCGCCACAGUGUAGAUAUUUACUGGGAAUGUGUGCCUAUGAGUUAGAAAAAUAUGCAGAGGCUGAAGCCACUAUUCUAGAAAACAGUACAUCAGGAAACAAUUUAGAUGAUGAAGAUCUAGUCAAAGAAUUUGGAGAGCAAGCUGGUUUUGCGUUGCUACUUCUGGGCAAAAUUGCAGCUAAAACAGAGCGUAAAUCUAGAGCAGUUGAUGCUUGGAAAAAAGCUCUUAAAUUAAACCCAUUCCUGUGGUCUAGUUUCGAACUUCUAUGCAAAAUGGGAGAAAAGAAGGACCCAGCGGAAGUUUUUCAAAUAAACAAUAUUGAAAAUUUAUCUAUGUGCCAAGGAAACAGCAUCAGUAAUUUAGAUAGUGUUAUUAUCACCAACAGUUUGCCCUCUAGUGAGAACAGUGAUAUCUUUAUCAAUACGCCCGAACAAGUGUUUAGUUUUAAUCCCAUUCAAAUGAACCAUGCAAAUGUCAAGCUGUUCUCAACACCAGAAGAAAGCCCCUCAGUUCACCCUUUAGCCCUAUCUGGAAUCAGGCCAUUGGCACCUUCACUCCAAAAAUCCCUCAGGCCUAGAAUGAAAGAUGUUGGAAGUUUUCAGACUCCUCCCAAUCACGAAUCUCAGCCCGCAUUCGGCCAGCUGUUUGAAACCUCCUACGAUACCCUCAGCACACCCGACAUGAUUUCACCUACGACGCUCACGGAAUCGAACAACCACCACCAGUCACUGGCGAAACGAGUGAGAGCCCAAGUCGAUCAGUUCAUCGGUCGCAAGGAGUCGAUUUUUCAAAACUGUAAGCCGGUAUUUAGCCAAUCCACUAAUGUGCCCGUAACUAAGACCCCCACGAUUCCGCUAGCGGUACAACCGGGUCAAAACGUAAGAAGAAGUUCGAGAUUAUUCAGUAAUAGUUAUUCGGUUAAGGAAAACAAUAAAUCGCCUAGUAGAAAUAAGUUUGCUACACCAAAGUCGCCGUCUCGUAAAACCAAGCAGCGUAUGGUUAAGUGUAAUUUGAACAAAAACGCGAAUUUUGCGGAAAUGAACACUAAGAAUAAAAUAGAAAAAGAAAAGACGGAAACGGUGACUUCCGCUGACGCGAAGACGGAAAAAAGUGCAAUAGCCAACACGGCAGACAACUGCUUACAACAAGUAGUCUACAUGCAAAAACAGAGCGCCGAGGGUUUGAUGUCUUUGUUAAGAGAAAUCGGUCAGGCUUAUAUGGAUUUGUCGCAGUUCGAGUGCGCCGCCGCCAUUGAGAGGCUCAAUUCGCUACCACCCAAUCAGUUUAAAACCUCCUGGGUACAGUGCUUGUUAGGUCUUGCCUAUUUCGAAAUGUUAGACUUUGAAAACAGUAUUAAAUAUUUCGGGGAAGUCCACAGUAAAGAACCCUACCGCUUAGAAUACAUGGAUAUUUAUUCGACGGCGUUGUGGCACUUACAAAAAGAAGUGACGCUUUCGGCUUUAGCUCAAGAUUUAAUAUCCGCGAAUAAGAACUCACCCAUAACGUGGUGUGUCAGUGGUAAUUGUUUUUCGCUGCACAAAGAACACGAUACUGCUAUUAAAUUUUUCCAAAGAGCUGUUCAGGUCGAUCCGAAUUUCCCGUACGCUUAUACUCUGUUGGGACACGAAUACAUCACCACGGAAGAGCUCGACAAAGCUAUGAGUUGCUUUAGAAACGCUAUAAGACUGGAUCCUAGGCAUUACAACGCAUGGUUCGGCAUAGGAACGAUAUACUCCAAGCAGGAACGUUAUCAAUUAGCCGAAAUGAACUACUCUAAAGCGCUGUCGAUUAAUCCGAAGAGUUCGGUGAUUCUUUGCCAUAUAGGGGUGGUACAACACGCCUUAAAAGAUACAGAAAAAGCUUUGGCUACGUUCAACACAGCCAUAUUCAAUAACCCCCAUAGUCCACUAUGCAAAUUCCACAGAGGAUCCAUCUACUUCGCUCUGGGGAGACACGCGGAGGCUCUCAAAGAGCUCGAAGAACUGAAAGAAAUCGUACCCAAAGAAUCUUUAGUAUAUUAUCUUAUAGGUAAGGUCCAUAAGAAGCUAGGCAACACCGAUCUGGCCCUGAUGCACUUCAGUUGGGCGACGGAUCUGGACCCCAAGGGAGGCAGUAGUCAAAUCAAGGAAGCGUUCGACCCGUCUAUAGGCAGGAGCGAGAACGAAGUAGAAUCUCCAAUUUCUCCCGCUCCGGACGAAUACCAAUCGGAGAGUAACUCGGUGCCCAGAUUCGGACCGCUGAAUUUCAACGGGUUGCCAGAUGACAGUGAAGAUAGUUUUUAAUAAUUUUAUUAAGUGUAAUUAUUGAAAAUAGAGUAACCAUUUAUCGAUGUGUGAUUCAAACGGUCUAGAAUUACUCGCAAAGAAUUGGAAAUUGUAUUUAUUAUACAACUCCGUUCAUCCACCCAUUUACUGCGUUCUUCAGAUACCUUUACGCGGUUAUCUACUGAACAUUAACUCCUCUACAGUUUCUUCUCUUUUGAAAUGUACAGAUACAGUUUAUGCUCUCAGUGAGUCUCUACUUAUCUUUUUUUUUUCGUUUCGAGUGGGAAUCAGUGAAAGGAAGGGAAUUUAUUACAAAAAAUGAAUCAAUACAAGCACUCUAGUAAUCAAAAAGAUAUAUUUAUCCCUCCAUUACUCUCUCCACUUAACUGCUGAAUCGAGCCGGUGAGUUUGAAGUUUCAAAAACGUCAAUUAAGUCAUUAAACGGUUCAUUCUACCCCGCCUGUUUUAUCUUGACUGAAAUUGAAUCGGUUGGGGGACUUUAAACGUCAAAAACUUUACUGUAAGUAAUGGUUUAGAUAGUAGUUAAUCAAUACUAUACGCGAUCGACUCAUUAAAAGGAACUAUUACACCUCUAUUUACAAAGGCAUAUAAAGGAAUUCGAGGGCUUUAAAGCUUCAUGAAUCCUGUUUAGGGAACAUCCAUAAACUACGUCGUAAAAAUUUCGGACUGUUUAAUACCCUGCCCCUCCUUCCGUCUUAAAGCGUUGACAGUUGACCCCCCCUCUCAUAUCCUCAAUUGCAACUCAUGACCCCCUUUUUAAUGAUUUUUUUUAAAUUCCAUUAUAUUUCUGGAUUUUUUUAAGUUCGUUAUCAAAGUUUAUUUACUUACUAUGUAGCUCAUUAAUACUCGGGUACUUUUUUCUCUCAAUUUACUAUACAACUAAUUAGCUUUAUUGGGACAAAAGAUAAUACUUUUAUUGGAGUUCCGAUAUGCUUUCUUAACUGCAUCAUAUAAAUCUUGAUACUUAUUUUGUUUUGAUUUCAAUACCAUUUCUUUUAUUUAGUAUAAAUACAAUGUACUAACUAAAUAAAAUAUUUUAUUUCUAUUCAUUCUUGUGAAUUGUUUCACACAGAGUAUUCAGUAAAUAAAUGAACAAUUUAAUAUUUAUUGCUUCCAGACGUUGUUCCGUAUAGAAGCGUUUGUUUAAAUACAUAGAACAAUGUUUUAUUGUUUGUUAUUCUGUACAAAACUGCUAGCAAUAUUAUUAGGGCUGUGAGUGAUAAAAACGAAAUGAAAAGUAUGCGAUAAAAGUAAUAUACCUACUAAUUCUUUUUAAUUCUAAAAUAGGGUAAUUUUUUAUAUUCGAGAACAUCAAACGACGUCGGAUGUGCACUCAUGGCCCCCUCCCCUCUGUCGUAUACAGUCGUAAUAAGCAAAGACCCCCCUCCCCCUUUUCAACGACGUAGUUUAUGAAUGUUCCCUUAGACUAACGUUAUUUCGUUAAUACCAAAAGAGGUGGGUUCUUUCAAUCAAUUUGAUUUCUGUUGUCGCUUAGUCGUUCAAAAGAUUAUUUUACCCCGUCUGUUCAAUAUUUACUUUUACUGACUUUUGAAUCAAUGUAGGGACUUGUAAACAUAAAAGACUUUGCUAGUAGUGAAUCAGUACUACGCGAUGGACUAAAAGAAACUACACUGGGGUGCAAAAUUAACCGGACACCUUAAAAAUGGGUCAUUUUUGAUGUCUCGAAUUUCCUAAACCUGUUGUCCGAUUUAAGUGAUUUUUUAAUAUGUUAUAGCCUUAUUCGUUAACAAUAUCGCUGUAAUAAUAUUGUUACCAAACAGGUAAAUUUUCAUUGUAUACCAGGUGUACCAAUGAAACUGUGUUUUUUCUCAAACUUCGCAUCACCCUGUGGAAUAUUCUAGCAUUUAUAAAAUACUGAAAUUAAAACCCCACUAUAGAUUCCUGUUUUCUCAACAUUCUGAUUUUUGAUUCAUUCGCUUAUGUUGGACCAUAAAAAAGUUAGGUACUUUAACAAUUACCCAUGUUUUUCAUGAAUACAGGGUGUUUUUAAAUAAGAGUGGCAAACUUCAAGGGGUAAUUCUACAUGAAAAAUAAUGCCAGUUUGCUUUAUAAACCUAUGUCCGCAAAUUCUUCGUUUCUGAGAAAGAGGGUGUUGAAAUUUUUCUUACAAACUGACGAUUUAUUAAUUGCUUUAAAACCGCUUGAGAUAUGCAAAUUAUAUUUGGUGUGUUUUAAGACGUAGUUAUUGUACAUUUUUUGACAUACGAGUAAGAAUUUAAUAUUCACCAUAGGCGCGCAUACGGGUAAUAUGAGAGGUUAUAUUACCCUUAUGCGCGGCAAUGGUGAAUAUUGAAUACUUAAUUGUAUGUCAAAAAAUGUGCAAUAACUACGUCUUAAAACCGACCAAAUUUCUUUUGCAUAUCUCAACCGGUUUUAAGGCAAUAAAUAAAUCGUCAUUUUGUAAUAAAAAUUUCAACACCCCCUAUCUCGGAAACGAAGCAUUUGCGGACAUACCGUUUAUAAAGCAAACUCUCAUUAUUUUUUAUGCAGAAUUUCCCCUUAAAGUUGGACAUACUUAUUUAAAACACCCUGUAUUGAUGAAAAACAUGGCUAGUUGUUAAAGUACCUAACUUUUUUAUGGUCCAAUGUAAGCGAAUGAAUAAUAAAAACCAAAAUGUUGAUAAAACAUGAGGCUGUAGUUGAAAUUUAAUUUCAAUAUUUUAUAAAUGCUAGAAUGUUUCACAGGGUGAUGCGAACUUUGAGAAAAAAAGACAGUUUGAUUGGUACACCCGGUAUACAAUGAAAAUUUAACUGUAAAGCAACAAUACUAUUACAGCGAUAUUGUUAAAGAAUA